UCAGCAGGUACAGCGCCCCCAUGAUCACCACCCACCCUGAUGGAAGCUGGUCUUACUCUAAAGCUACUCAGCAGUAUGACGUGUGUUUCAGCUCAGACACACUCAAGAGUGACGUAGUGGUUUUCCCCGCCCCGUUUCCACCUGUAGAUGGAGAACUGAUCAGUAUUAACGGAGGAGACACUUUUACCAGGACUCAGACUUUACCUAAUAAAGAAAAGGUAAGGCUGAACCUUAGAUAAUGUAAGGUGAGCUGUAACAUACAAAAAAUUUCUACUUCAUGUUUUGAUCAAAAAUUUAGUUAAUUUUCCAUUUAUUAAUUUUAUAGUGUAUUCAUAUUUCAUAGUUUUUGUAUCUGUGUUUUAUGUCAAAGGGUAAAAAAAAGUGUUACUGUAGAAAUCUUUACGGUAAAAGCUUAGAUAUGAGCUAUACAAUAUAUUUUGAGGGUUUCUGGAGAAAACAAUUAACUUUUAGCUUGUUGUCAUUCAAAUGGUCUGUAAGGGACUGUUCGCUGACAUUUCCCCUGGGCUCUUUUUGCAGUCUUUAGAACAUCUGGCCUUUGACAUGAUAAUUUUGCCAACAAUCACCAGUCAUUUUGAAACAAAUCACAGAAAAGUGAAAUGUAUCAAACAGUAACUAAACUCACUGUAUACCUGAAUAUAAAUGAUCAAGAUUUAAAAUAAGCACUUCCAUUUAACAAAACUUAGAGUCAGGUUUUGUGUUGUUUUGUUUUGUUUUUCAAGCAGCCUUGAUAUAAACUUUUGUUUGUAAAUAUACUUGUUAUCCAUUCACUUUUAAAUUAAAUUAAUAUACAAUAAUAUAUUUUCUCCUGGAUUAAAGCUGUGGCUAGAAGUUAAAAAGGUUGAAAGCAUAACAAAAGAAAUCACAUUUUCAACUAUGUCUAUUUGUUGACUUAUGAAGCCUGUUUAUGUUAUCAUUUGUAAUUUGUUUAGAAAUAACCAAGGCUCGGUUCUGAAAGUCUUUUAACGGCGUGUCCCUUGGUAUAAGGUCAAACAAAUAAGGAGUGCCUGCAUCAACAUAAUGAUACUCUCUCCAUGGUUCUGAAAUAUGUGGCGAUUACAUUAUACUGUACUAUUAGGAUCUCACAAUAUAAAGAAAGAAGGUGUGAGUGACUCGAUUAAGAACAAGUCUUAUUAUUUCAAACAUAACAGCAGGAUUUGAUUGCAUUCAUUCCUUAACUGUAGUUACUUAAAAUGACCAUGGGGCGACAGUCUAGACCGUAAUACCGCCGGCUGAUCGCUGAUGGUUGAAGGCCCCUCCCACAAUAGAAGGAUCAUUUUGUCUGUGCUUUGUUAGAAUGAGAGGCAGGACGAAGUGGGGAGGCUUGAGAAAAAUGCACUGGCAUUUACUUUAGUCUCACAAAAUACAUUUCGCCGCCAAAAAGCGAAAAACAGAUCGACAUAAGGAUCUAUGUUGUAUGGAAUUAUGUAUCUGCCGAGAAGAAAGGCGUCCUUCGGAAUAUAUCUAAUGCUUGUUGUCUUGGAGUAUAACUGGGGAGCGGUAUCCACUCAGCUCUCAUAUUCCGUGUCUGAGGAGGUGAACCUGGGGACUUCCGUUGGAAAUCUCGCCAAGGAUCUGAACCUAAAUGUACAGGAUCUGGAGUCACGUAUGUUUCAGAUUGUUACUGGAUCAAAAAGGAAGCAUUUCGAUGUAAAUUUGAAGACAGGUUUUCUCUACGUGAGUGAGAGAAUAGACAGGGAAGAGCUCUGCGCUAAAGCUACAAAAUGCACAAUAAACGUGGAGGCUGUGAUAAACAAUCCGCUGAAACUUUACCGUAUUGAAGUCAAUAUUCUUGACGUAAACGAUAACCCCCCGUCUUUCAGUGCCAAAUCUCAAACUAUAGACAUUGCAGAGAGCGUGUUGCCGGGAGCUAUGUUCCCUGUGCUGUCGGCUUACGACGCCGAUGUGGGGAAAAAUGAUGUUAACACUUACAAGCUGAACCAGAAUGAACAUUUUUCUUUAGCGGUGCACAAAGGGGACACUGUUUCGGCAGAGAUAGUUCUUCAGAGAGCGUUAGACCGAGAAAAGCAGGCUGUAAUUAAACUCACACUGACGGCUAUAGAUGGAGGGACACCUAUUAAAUCAGGCACGUCAGAGAUCAUAAUUAAUGUGUUGGAUAUAAAUGAUAAUAUCCCAACUUUUAAAAAAUCAUUGUAUAAAACAAGUAUUAAAGAAAAUGCACCAUCAGGCACUACAGUAGUAACAGUGGCUGCAACUGAUGCUGACGAGGGUGCAAACAAAGACGUCGUAUAUUUACUUAAUUCGAAAGAUCAGGAUCGUGUAUUAGAAAUCUUUGAAAUUGAUUUGGAAACAGGAAUAAUAACAGUUAAAGGAACUAUUGACUAUGAAACAAACCCUGCUUUUGAAAUCCGUGUGCAGGCUACGGACAAAGGCCAACCUCCGCUAACAGCACAAUGUAAAGUACUCGUAGAGGUGGUGGACCUAAAUGACAAUGCCCCCGACAUCACCGUGACGUCACUGCUCAGUACAGUUAAGGAGGACGCUGAAAGUGGCACUGCUAUUGCACUUGUUUCGGUUCUCGACGAAGACGGGGGCAAAAACGGUGAAGUCAAAUGCGAGAUAUUGAAUUCGGUCCCCUUUAAAUUGGAGACAAAUUAUAAAAAUUAUUAUUCUUUGGUCAUUGGUGGCGUUCUAGACAGGGAACUUGUGUCGCACUACAAUAUCACUAUUAAAGCUACUGAUGAAGGCAGCCCCCCUCUCUCUAGCACCAGUGUAGUUACUAUUCAGGUUUCUGAUGUAAAUGAUAACGCACCUUUGUUUGGAGAUACUGUAAUUAAUAUAUAUGUGGCAGAAAACAGUCCUGUCGGGACUGUUUUAAAAACUGUAUGUGCAACUGACGCUGACGCUGGCGAAAACGGGCAGGUGAGAUAUUCAUUAGUCAGUGAUAACGCAGGGCCGCUCUCUACAAUGAUCAGCAUUAACUCAGAGACUGGAGGCAUAGUCACUCUACAACCUUUUAAUUAUGAAGAGUUGAAAAUGUUUCAAUUUAAAGUCCAGGCCACAGAUUCUGGUGUUCCUCCGCUCAGCAGCAACGUGACUGUUAAGGUCUUAAUUCUGGAUGCAAAUGAUAAUAAUCCAACAAUUCUCGCUCCUUACUCUCAGCACGGCUCCGUUAACAGUGAGAGCAUCCCCUAUUCUGCUGAAGCGGGAUACUUUGUGGCAAAGAUCAGGGCUGUAGACGCAGACUCUGGAUACAAUGCGCUGCUUUCUUAUCACCUGUCUGAGCCCAAAGGAAACAACUUGUUCAGGAUCGGAACCAGCACCGGGGAGAUCAGGACUAGGAGGAGAUUGAGUGACAAUGACCUCAAAACUCACCCCUUGGUGGUCUUGGUCUCUGAUAACGGAGAACCCUCCCUGUCAGUGACUGUGUCUAUUGAUGUGGUGGUGGUUGAAAGCACGGCUGAAAUCCAGACUCAGUUUAGACAUGUGCCUGUAAAGGAGGACAGCUUCUCUGAUUUGAACCUGUAUCUGCUGAUUGCCAUUGUGUCGGUGUCCGUCAUCUUUCUGCUCAGCCUCAUCACUUUAAUAGCAGUCAGAUGCCACAGGACAGACGGCACUUUCAGCAGGUACAGCGCCCCCAUGAUCACCACCCACCCUGACGGGAGCUGGUCUUACUCUAAAGCUACUCAGCAGUAUGACGUGUGUUUCAGCUCAGACACGCUCAAGAGUGACGUGGUGGUUUUCCCCGCCCCGUUUCCACCUGUAGAUGGAGAACUGAUCAGUAUUAACGGAGGAGACACUUUUACCAAGACUCAGACUUUACCUAACAAAGAGAAGGUAAGGGUAAACUUUCUUUUCUGAAC